UAUAAACUAUUUUUAUAGUACCCUGUAGUUAUAGUAUUUAGCUAAGGUUUAUGAGAUAUAGUUUUGUGUUUGCUUUAUUCAUUUGCAGGAACUAAGUACACAGGCACAUGUUUUCCAGAUACGAAGGUCUCUGUGGAACUGGAGAAGAUCGUCUGCAACAAGCAACUAUGCAAGGCCUUGAAACGCCUUUCGCCAUCCUACCAGACGUCAUAUCUCGAGGCCUUCCAUAGUCUCAUUCUACAUUUUGCGCCCAAAAUGUACCACUACUCGUACCAAGGGAUGGAGAACAGGGUAAUCCUGGCGGCAUUACAUUUCAACGAGAACGCGCACAGGGCGCAGGCACGGACCAGGGAUGGAGAUGGCAUCUUCAGCAUCCACUUCCCCAAGUACAAGCAGGGCGGGCACAUUGUUAGGAGAGUGCUAGAGCAACCAACUUUUGGUUACGUCAUGGAGCUGGUGGGUCUGGUGAAGCGUAUGUGUGGUGGAGAGGACUUCGAUGGUGACGUCCUGGAACAACAGAUUCCAGAGCCGCUCAGCGCUGCCUGUGACAGGCCAAACAAGGCAGACGCAGUCAGGAGACACACAACACGUUUUGCUGCAAACAAUUUGCAGUACUAGUAGUGUUUCAUCGUAGCUUAGGAUGACUGGCAUGCAGAGAGUGCUAGAUAGGUUUUUCCUUAAACAACCAAAAAUGGCUGUCAGUAUGUCUGUGUCAAAAAUCAUACUGGUUCAUUUUGUACUUAGCACAAUAUCAAUGUGCUUCUUCACUGAUUUUCACUGUACUUUUAUAUGUGUCGGCCGAGGAUAUUGAUAAAGACACAUGACAUGUUUUGCUGCAAAGAUGCAGUGAUGUCUGGAACAUUGAGAUAUGUUUACUAGAUGACACCUGUCUGAAACCUUUUUUUCAUUUUUUUUUCAUGUUUCAUCCUAGUUAUGGAUGGCUGGCAGAUGGUGUUAGGUUGCCUUUUCCUGGAACAACCAAAAAUGGCUGUCAGUAUCUCUGUGUCAAAAGUGAUACUAAUUCAUUUUGUACUUCUUGACGAAUUACUAGCAAUUGUUGGUAUAGAAAAGGACUAGUGUCUAUCUUGACCUCAAAACUUCUCACGUUUUAAAUAUUGUUGCAAGGUUUGACUAUUAUAAUAUGUUUCACCUAAGGCUAAGCCAAGGGUGACUGACUUGCACUAAUAGCUUGAUGAUGAAGUUUUCUUACUAGCAGGCAGUGAUAAUAUUAGUAAUAGCUAAGCUUGCAAAGAAAUGCUAUCUGGUCAGUAUCUGUAAUAAACACAAGCUGUUUUUGAGACCACA